AGCACCGGCGGAAGUGAGUAGAACCAGCCGCGCGGCCUGUUUCAUAUAGGCGAAAAUGUCGACCGGGGUGGGAAAACACAAGAUGCUGUCUCUGGGUCCGACUGAACCCUGGUCAGUUCGGGAGAAACUCAGUCUCGCGUCCUCCGUGAUGAGAAGCGGAGAUCAGAACUGGGUGUCUGUAAGCAGAGCCAUCAAGCCAUUCUCAGAACCUGGACGACCCCCAGACUGGUUCUCCCAGAAGCAUUGUGCCUCCCAAUAUUCUGAGCUGCUGGAAACCACAGAGGCCCCAAAACGUAAACGGGGUGAGAAAGGGGAGGUGGUCGAGACCAUUGAGGACGUGAUUGUGCGUAGAUUGACGUCAGAGAGGAUUGAGGAACUCAAGAGGCUGAUCAAAGACACACAGGAUAAAUACAGGAAACUGAAGAAAGAGGUGGAUUUGAUCCAGGCAGGUCAUAUGGACCCUAAACUGGAGGAGCUGUGGGCAGAUAUAGAGCUAAAGAGGAAGCAGGAAGAAGAGGAGGCUGAGCAGAAGAAGAAGGCGACUGAGGCAGCAUAUCAGGUUCGCCAGGCAGCUAAAAACACACCAAAGAGAGUUCCCAGCGUGACUGUACGUUCUCCACCCAUUGCUAGUUCUGCCUGCAUGGACGUCUCGCAGCCAGACACAUUGCAGCCAAUGACGGACGAAUCCUGUGCCAAUCCCACGGCUCAAGGAUUGACCGUCUUCAUGCCUGUGUCAGAGGUCACGGGUCCAGGGCCUAAAGAAUCAGGUCUGGGCCCUCUGGUAGAUGACUCUCCGCAGAAGAAGCACCUUGCCCCGAAAGCCACACCACCUCCCUCCCCGCUGCUGUCUGAACUGCUGAAGAAGGGCAGUCUCAUCGCUGCCAGCUCUAGACUGGUGGUUGAAGGGGACGUGGCCACAGGUUUGAGUAAUGGAUCUCAUGGAAUUGAGCUUCACACUGCUGCAACCGCUCUGCCUGCUAUUCAAGACAUUACAGCCGAUGCUCCUACGUUAUCUCGUCUGUUGGAGAGUGCCACCCCAGUGCAGCAACCUGUCAGUGCUGAUCCCCCUAAGCCCCCCACAGUGGUCCCCCCAACCCUGGACCACCUCUCUGUGCCCAAAACAGGAGCUGCAGCCGUUGCUGAAGGUUCUGGAGCAGAAGCAGUAAUGGCAGGGUCGUCCACGCCGGCGGAGGUGGAGGGGAAAGAGGCAGAGCUGGUGGAGGAGGACACAGUGGUGUCGGUGUCAUACAUGGCACACGAACUGGACUUGGAGACAGUGGGAGACAUCAUUGCAAUCAUAGAGGAGAAGGUGGAUGAUCCCGUGGAGGCUUUGGACGCAGCCGCGGUGGAGGCGGCUCUCUCUCUCUGUGAGGACCCAGCGGUCGGGGGCCACCCCAUCACCAGCCCUUGGGAGUCACAGACCUUUAAGGCAGCUGAACCAGAGCCCAUCGUCCAGCAGAGUCCUGCCCCAGCGGUCACACAGAGCUGCCCUGACCCCGCGGGUGUGCAGGGAGAAAUGGAGGUUCUGGUAGAGGAGGCUACAGAAACCGAAGCGGUUGACGUAGUGACAGGGGACACUGUGGUGCCUGCCGCCCCUGACACAGAGCAGAGCCAGGACUCUGAGGUUAAGACGGAGGGCGAGAGGCAAGGAGAGGGAGAAGGAGGGAUGGAGGAAACGCAGCAGGAGAACAGAACCCCGAGUCCGGCCGUGAAGUGUGAGGGGGAAGACUGGGUUCAGCCAGAGACCGUGAUGCCCUGUCUGGACUCCGAGGAUAGCUCAGCCUCGGCGAAAGACACAAAGGUAUCAGCUAAUAGUCAUUUUAAAUUCUCCAUGUGUAGUGAAGAUCAAGAGGCCUUGCAGGCUCAGAAGAUCUGGAAGAAAGCCAUCAUGCUGGUGUGGCGGGCAGCAGCCAAUCACAGGUAUGCAAGUGUGUUUCUGCAACCUGUGUCUGAUGACAUCGCCCCUGGUUAUCACAGCAUCGUACACAGACCGAUGGACCUAUCAGCCAUCAAAAAGAACAUCGAGUCUGGGCAGAUCCGCACGACGGCGGAGUUCCAGCGUGACAUCAUGCUGAUGUUCCAGAACGCGGUGAUGUAUAACAGCUCGGAUCAUGACGUCUACCACAUGGCCCUGGAGAUGCAGAGGGACGUUCUGGAACAGAUCCAGCAGUUCUUGGCCACUCAGCUGAUCAUGCAAACAUCAGAAUCAGGCAUCAGCACCAAGAGCCUGCGCGGAAGGGAGGCCAACCGCAAACAAGACCCCAAUGAGAAGACCCUGAGUCCUGCACACAAAGACCCUCAUUUAGAGCCAGAACCACCAGCCAGAUGGAAAAGGAACAACUCCAAACAAGACACUUAUGAGAAGGAUGGAGGCACCAGAGGGCGUCGCAGUGCCAUUGAGGCUGAUAUGAAGAUGAAAAAGUGAACGGAGAUGUCUCACUGCAGCUGUUAUGGAAGUGCAAAUUGGCUUUAUUUCCGUUUCUUUAAGACGUUCUGGCUAAGUUUAGUUACUCAAUGCCUCAGUGGUUUGACACAGCAAUUCAACAGUCUAAUUACAGAAGGACACAAAAAGAAGGGACUUUCACAGAAACCCUUCAGUCCUAGACCUGAAAAACUGGUCAAGUGUGCUCUGAGACUAGACUCAUGGGACAGGACAAACUGACCUUGUGUUUGUUUGAGUUUAGAGGAGUUGUUUAAAAGUUUUUGACUUGAUGUCACAAAUUUAGCUGUCAUCACUGGCCUUUUAAAAAAGCUGAAUGUACCACCGUCAUGACCACUGGAUGGUUAGAAAUCAGGAUGUCAUUUUCUAGAACUGAGAAUGAAACCUUACAACCCAUUGUUCAAAACAAAGAUUACUAUCGCCUUAUCAGUUUGAGAGGAUGUGGAAUGCUGAACGACCGAGGAAAGAGCAAUAAAAGUACGCUUUUUUUCUUCUAUAGGAAUGAAGAUGGAUCCUAAGUUUCUUUAAGCUUGAUUUUUGCCCAGUCAGGAUCAUGGAUGCUUUGGAUUACAGUUAAAGGCCUACUGUACUAUGUUCAGUUUGUUUUCGUUCUUUAAGUGAGACGUAAUAAUUUGACAUCUGUACGUUUCGAAAGAACAUAGUUUUGUACAGGGUCUUUGUGUACAGUGUUUUUGUAUAUUGUGUCGUGAAAUGUUUUAAUAAAACAUGAGAGUCUGCAAUUACACGGUGUUAUUUUAAGAAUAAUUUAUUCAACUUGUGCGUUCAAACAAAAACUAUUAGUACAAAUGCUUCACUGGGAGGACAAUACCAGCUUGUCCUGUU